UCCGAUCUCCCUCCACUGCAGCCAUGAAAGCUUUGUCCUUGUGUCUCCUCGUGGUGGUCGUUGGGUCGUGCGCGGGCCAGAGUAUCCAGCAGCUGCUCGACAGCAUCGGCAUCAACAACCCCACAGCCGUAGAGGAAAUCAGAAGCAUCUUAUCUAAAAAUAACCAACACAAUGUAGUAUCCUGCCUGAUCAAUGGCGUGGCUGUCGACGCUUCACGACCGUGCGAUGCAAGGACAGACGCCUUCAGGAGCCUGUUGACGCAACUUGACAGAAGCAAUUACAACUGCAACUGCCCGGAGCAAACCCAGGUCGAUGCCUUCGCCAAUCUCAUCAGACGUGUCCUUAGUAAAGCAAACUGCAAUACCGUGAAGAUCGCGUUGGAAUUGCAAAACUUACGUUGUUAAAGGUGAACAGUCCAGUUGGUGUGGAAAUAAGAUGAAGAGAUUUUUUUUCGUCUUCUUCUUUUUGUAGAAUGAUGCGAUAGCGUAAGAAUUAAGAGAGGAUUCCCUGCGUGAUGUGGACCUAAUAUAAAUCACUCAGUGUUUUGUUUAUCAUGAAUUAAAGGAAUACACAUCACGAGGUACGAAAUUUGAAUGAAAAUGCAUAACUUUCUCUAGAACAACAAAUUAUAAUGAAUAUUCAUUAAUAAAGGUUUGUAAUAUAUAA